CCGGUUACUCUCGCGUGGUCUGGGAGCGAUGACGUCGUUGUCGCCUCUCCAGCCGUAAAGCGAGGAGCUGCUGUCGAGUGCGGGCCGAGCUGCGUGCGCCGUGAUGCCGCCUAAGAAAGCACAGGCGCCAACAACCACCAAAAAGACUGAUCAGAAGAAGAAGGAGAAGAUCAUCGAGGACAAGACAUUUGGACUUAAGAACAAGAAAGGAGCCAAGCAGCAAAAAUUCAUCAAAAAUGUUACUCACCAGGUAGCGCAGCCGGAAGGUGAAAAGAAAAGCAAAAAGGAUGACAAAAAGAAGGAACUGCAAGAACUCAAUGACCUAUUUAAACCGGUAGUAGCUGCACAAAAGGUCAGCAAAGGUGUUGAUCCAAAAUCGGUAGUAUGUGCUUUUUACAAGCAAGGCCAAUGCACUAAAGGAGAUAAGUGCAAAUUCUCCCACGAUCUGUCUUUAGAAAGGAAGUGUGAAAAGAGGAGUCUUUAUGUUGAUGGAAGAGAUGAUGAUCUUGAAAAAGAUACAAUGGACAAUUGGGAUGAGAAAAAGUUGGAGGAGGUGGUGAACAAAAAGCAUGGUGAAGCAGAGAAGAAGAAGCCGAAAACUCAAAUAGUUUGCAAAUUCUUUCUCGAUGCAAUAGAAAACAACAAAUAUGGAUGGUUCUGGGUCUGCCCAGGUGGAGGGGAUGUCUGCAUGUAUCGUCAUGCUCUGCCCGCUGGAUUUGUACUAAAGAAAGACAAACCGAAAGAAGAAAAAGAUGAUGAAGUUUCAUUAGAGGACUUGAUAGAGAAGGAGCGUGCAGCACUUGGGCCAAAUGUUACCAGGAUCACCUUAGAAUCAUUUCUUUCUUGGAAAAAAAGAAAGAGGCAAGAAAGAAUAAUAAAAUCUGAAGAAGAAAUGGAAAGAAGAAAAGCAGAUUUUAAAGCGGGAAAAUCCUUAGGGAUCAGUGGUCGUGAAGUAUUUGAAUUUCGGCCUGAGCUUGUGGAUGACGACGACGAAGAAGCAGAUGACACUCAGUAUACAGUUGAAGUAGAUGAGGAUGAGACUGCCACUUCAGAUAUUAAAGAGAUAGAUCUGAGCCGGUUUGUUCUUAAAGACGUUGACGACACAGGAAUUACAGUAGCCAGCCUGGAGCGCUUCAGCACAUAUGUCUCAUCCACAGAUAAAGAUGACAUAAAGUUAAAUGAAGCGUCUGGAGGUGAAAUCCGAAACGGAGACCUUAAUGAUUAUGAAGAACUAAGUGGAGAAGAGGAUCAGGAAAAUAAUUUUAUGGAUGCUGUCCCUGUUGAUGAAAAUCUUUUUACUGGAGAAGAUCUGGAUGAACUUGAGGAACAGCUGAAUACGCUUGACGAAUGAAUAUCGCCAUACACAUCAUUAGGAUAUUCAGACUGCCAAGUAUUUUCAACUUUUUUUUUUUUUUUUUUGAUGAGGGAAACUUCCUAGUUCCUUUAACUGCUUCUAAAGUGCACAUCAGAAAAAAAAAAUCAAAGCAAACAUUCUUCUUGUGAUGUAAUUUUGACCACUGUAUAAGUGGUCAGACUCUAUAGGAAUGGCAAAUAAAGAUCUCAUUUGGAUGGACGUGAUCUAUUUUAUUUAAUACAUUGUGUUUUAUGUUUGCGAUCUGUCUUGAUUUAAUAAAAACAUAAGGCAACACGUUUCCAUGAGUCUUACCACGCUAAAUCUGAGACUGCAUUAAGCAUUACCUCUUAUUUAUGUACAAAGUCAUCAUACGUUAAAACAGGACUGCAAUCAGCAUUUUACUAUUGAUGUGGAGGUAUGUCACCCCAUUGUUAUAUAUUGUAUCAAGACAUUUGAAACUGUAUCAACCUUCUGUUCUGCCUCUGUGCUGAUGCAUUGUACAUACCCAUGUAGGCCACUCCUUUCUCAACACCAUCCGAUUCAGUCUCCAUCUAUACUGAUGUGUCUUGCUGACAAUCCGAGAAUAAAUAAUUUUGUACAA